AUGUGUAGCGAGCGUGGUGGUCUGUGCGCACUGCUGACCCUGGCCCCACAUUGCGGAUCCCUUUCCUCCCCACACCAGACGACAUCCGUCCCGUUUCUCGUAGGGCUGAGAACAACACUCCUCGACGGGUCACCCUACGUUGACCGUUCUGCUAUGAACUUGCUUUUGACAUACAGAGCAGUUGAUCCGUGGCGAACAAGUCCAAAAGUCUGCUACAUCCGCCAAGUUCACUUUCCAGUUUUCACUUCCAGCUCGGGACCUCCGCGGCCUCUUCCCCUCCAUCGGAAUCUAGGACCUCACGAGAUCAACAACAGCCUCUCAUGA